CACAACAUGACCUCCAUUGACGAUCUCUUCAAGAAACCAAACCUACCCUCCAAGCGCAAGCUCGAAGAGCUCCCAGAUCCCUCGAAAUCCUACAAGUCCGCCAAACUGUCCACCAAUGGCCACGUAAAGCAGUACGCGACACCCUUCGCAGAGGAUGAGAUAGAUGAGGAGGAGGAGGCGGGGCCGCAACUGCCUUCCGAUAUCCAGCCAGAGGAUGGGCCUGAUGAGGAUGACGAAGGUCGAUUCUUUGGCACCGGCAUAGACGACAACGCCAAACAGGCCCUCGACUACCUAGACACACGAGAGACUGAGGACCGAUUCGUGGAUGAAAAGAUAGACAGCUCCUGGCUCCGCAAGCUAGCCUUGAACUUCGAAAAGCGGAUAUCUAAGAAUGCCGAGCUUCGCGCGAAGUUUGAAGACGAGCCUCAGAAGUUCAUAAACUCUGAAGCCGACUUAGAUACGGACAUCAAAACCCUAUCCAUUCUUUCCGAACAUCCAGAGCUAUACGAAGAGUUUGCAAAACUGGGCUGUGUCAACUCGCUAGUGUCGUUGCUGGCCCACGAAAAUACAGACAUUGCGAUUGAUGCAAUCGAGAUCAUUUCCGAGCUCACAGACGACGACGUAGAGGCCACGCCAGAGCAAUGGGAUGCGCUUUUCGCGGCGAUGUUUGAUGCUGAUCUCCUUGGACUACUUGUCUCGAACUUCUCACGCUUCUACGAGGAUAAUGAGGCUGACCGCAGCGGCGUGUACCACUCUCUCAGUGUCAUAGAGAAUCUUGCUUCCCAACCCGCCAACUCGGACCGCAUAGGCAGCGACACUGCACUUUCCAAAUGGCUGCUCGACCGCAUACAGAAGAGAGAGUCACCCGUAUCCCAGAAUAAGCAAUACGCGGCAGAAAUACUCGCCAUCCUUUCCCAGUCCUCCUCACUCAACCGUAAACGUUUGAGCAGCCUCGACGCCGUCGAUAUAUUCCUUCAACUCCUCGCCGCAUACCGAAAGCGCGACCCACAUAAAGACGGGGAGGAAGAAGAAUACGUCGAGAACCUCUUCGAUUGCCUGACUUGCAUAGUGGAUGAGCCCGAAGGAAAGACGAAGUUUGUGGAAGCCGAAGGUGUAGAGCUGUGCCUAAUAAUGCUACGAGAGGGAAAGAUGAGCAAGCCGCGAGCGUUGCGGGUGCUAGACCAUGCGGUAGGCUACGCUGAGGCUAAGGAGUCUGAUCCUAGUUACAAGAAGGGCAAAUCCAAAAAAGAAGAAGAGACUGUGAACCCGAACCGUGGUGCUUUGGUCUGCGAGAAAGUGGUUGAAGCUGCUGGCCUGAAGACACUUUUCCGCAUGUUCAUGAAGAAGCAAGACGCAUCGACUACGGAGCAUCUCUUAGGUAUAUUCGCCGCUAUGCUUCGAUCAUUAUCCGCAGCAUCAGCAGCCCGGAUACGUACACUUGCCAAGUUCAUGGAGAAAGACUAUGAGAAGAUCAUAAAAUUAGUCACUUUGAGAAGGGAUUUUGCUGCACGUGUCGCUACAGUGGAUGCACGGAUCAAGGAGGAAAAGAGCAAUCUGAGCAAAGAUGAAGUUGACUCUAUGGCGGAUAAUUGGUUCUCUCAACGUCUGGACGGAGGUUUGUUCAGUCUACAAAUGGUAGAUGUGAUCCUCGCAUGGUUGAUUGCGGAAGAUGAUGGCGCGAAAGCAGCGAUCGUCAAGGCGCUAGCUGAACGAGAUGAGAGUCUGGGCGACAUAAGGAAGAUUCUGCAAGAGCAGCUGACUGAAAUUGACGCCGUUACUGGGGAUGGGUCGGAGCAGGCAAACCUACGGGAGAUGCUAGAGACACUAGUUGGAUUUUUGGUAUAAACGUCUCAUAUUCAGGACCGCCCACGGUCAUGAUCAUAUAAUCACAUUGCGUUAAACCUGCUGA